GUGGGGCGCAGGAGCGGCCGUGCCUCCUCGGGCCGAGACCCCGGGGUCUGGCGCCGGUGGGACCUGGGGCAGAGUUACGCAAAAUGUGCCGAGGCUGCCCGGGAGAGGAGCGGCGGCCGCGCUGAGCCAGAGUCAUGAGCCACCAGAUCCUGCUGCUCCUGGCUGUGCUGACCCAAGGCCUGGCUACCUCCCAGCACCGAGACAAGCUGCCCUGUAAGAUGGUGGAGAAGGAGGCCUUGUGCCAGGGCCUUGGCCUGCUCCAGGUCCCCUCAUUGCUCCCGUUGGACAUCGAGGCCCUUGACCUCUCUGGAAACCAGCUGCAGGACAUCGUGGCCUUGCCCCUGGGCUUCUACACAGCACUCCGUCACCUGGACCUGAGUGUCAACGAGAUCAGCUUCCUCCCUCCGGGAGUCUUCCAGGCCCUGCCCCACCUGGAGCACCUCAAUCUGGCCCACAACCGCCUGGCGGUGGGCACUGCGCUGAACGCCAGUGGUCUGGGCACCCUGCUGCACGUGACCUCCCUGGACCUGUCUGGAAACAGCCUGUACAGUGGCCUGGUGGAGCGGCUCCUGGGCGAGGCACCCAGCCUGCGCUCGCUCUCCCUGGCCGAGAACAGCCUGACUCGCCUGGGUCGCCGCACCUUCUGGGGCCUGCCUGCGCUGGAGCGCCUUGACCUGCACAGUAACGUGCUGAUGGACAUCGAGGACGGGGCUUUUGAGGCCCUGCCCCGCCUGGCCCACCUCAAUCUCUCCAGGAAUUCCCUCACCUGCAUCUCUGACUUUAGCCUCCGGCAGCUGCGGGUGCUUGACCUGAGCUGCAACAGCAUUGAGGCCUUCCAGACAGCCCCCGAGCCCCCGGCCGAGUACCAGCUGGCCUGGCUCGACCUGCGGGAGAACAAGCUGCUGCACUUCCCCGACCUGGCCGCGCUCCCGCAUCUCAUCUACCUGAACGUGUCCAACAACCUUAUCCGGCUCCCCUCUGGGCUGCCCCAGGGCAGCGAGGGCCUCCACGCGCCUUCGGAGGGCUGGUCAGCCCUGCCCCUCUCCAACCCUAGCUGGAACACCAGCACUUACCCACUCUCCCAGCUCUUGAACCUGGACUUGAGCUACAAUGAGAUUGAGCUCAUCCCGGACAGCUUCCUGGGGCGCCUGACCUCUCUGCGUUUUCUGAACCUCAGCCGGAACUGCCUGCAGGCCUUUAAGGCCCCGCAUGCGGGCUCCCUGCCCUGCCUGGUGCUCCUGGACUUAAGCCACAAUGCGCUCCAGGUGCUGGAGCUGGGUGCCAGAGCUCUGGGGUCCCUACGGACGCUGCUCCUCCAGGACAAUGCCCUGCGGGACCUGCCACCACACACCUUUGCCAGCUUGGCCAGCCUGCAGAGGCUCAACCUGCAGGGGAACCGGGUGAAUCCCUGCGGGGGCGCAGCUGAGCCCAAUCCCCCAGGCUGCGUGGCCUUCUCUGGCAUCCCCACCCUCCGCGUUCUGAACAUGGUAGAUAACGAGAUGGAGAUGCUCAGGGCAGGGGCCUUCCUCCACACCCCGCUUACUGAGCUGGACCUUUCUGCCAACCCUGGGCUGGAUGUGGCCACAGGAGCCUUGGCUGGCCUGGAGGCCUCCUUGGAGGUCCUAGAGCUGCAGGGCAACGGGCUGACUGUCCUGCAGGUGGACCUGCCCUGCUUCAGCUGCCUCAAGAGGCUCAAUCUUGCUGAGAACCACCUCAGCCACCUGCCUGCCUGGACGCAGGCGGUGUCCUUGGAGGUGCUGGACCUACGGAACAACAGCUUCAGCCUCCUGCCAGGGAGCGCCAUGGGGGGCCUGGAGACCAGCCUCCGGCGCCUCUACCUGCAGGGGAAUCCGCUCAGCUGCUGUGGCAAUGGCUGGCUGGCGGCCCAGCUGCACCAGGGCCGAGUGGAUGUGGACGCCACACAGGACCUGAUCUGCCGCUUUGGCUCCCAGGCAGAGGUGUCCCUGAGCCACGUGCGUCCUGAGGACUGUGAAAAGGGCGGGCUCAAGAAUGUCAACCUCAUCAUCAUCCUCACCUUCGCACUGGUCUCCACCAUCAUUCUCACCACGCUGGCCACCUGCUGUUGUGUCCGCCGGCAGAAAUUCAACCAACAGUACAAAGCCUAAGGGAGCCAGGGGACCCUUCCAGGUCAGUGCAGGAGCUGGAGGCACAGAGCAGAGUGGGGACUGAUACACCGUGAGCCGGUGUCCCAGAACCCUGGUCUCGAGCUCCCAGCCUAGGGCUCCUUUCUGUGCGUCCUUCUGCGUGGGAAGGUGACCCACUUCCCAGGCUGCUCAAGUGGUCCAGCUGUGGAAACUGCAGCUGGGCAGUUUCAGGGACAGCAGAGAAUAAUGUUGACCCAGGAUCAGCAAGUCCUCCCCGAGCAUCUGUUUUGGGCCACACCCUGCUCUUGGGGACUGGGGAUGCAGUAAGUUGAAUGAAACACAUGCGGCACUCUGAGGAGGAGAGGUCGUCACAGAGCUGGGCAGAGGAUGGGGUUCAAGGUGGGGAAGCCCAGGGCUUCGAGGCUCUGCAACCCCAGCCAAUCCCAGGUGGAGAGUCCUGCCCCUGCCAUACCAGGGCAAGGGGGCCACAAGCUCAGGAGGAUUGGUCUGAAAUGUUUCCAAGUGGACUGUUUUGUCACAUAUUCUGAUAAUGACUUCCAGCCUCUCUGGAAAAUGAGGAACUUGUGACCAGAAGAGAGAACUGGAGCCUCAUGAGGGUGUCUGGGACCUAGUUAGGCAAGCUGCAGCAGCCCCAGAGUCUUGUUAAGAGGUGGUCUUCUGGGCUGAGGCCAGGAUGUCCCAUAGGUCCUUCCCACCCUGGCACUCUCCUGCUGCACACAUUGACCCCGAUCUUGCCUGAAUCCCCUACCCCCUGCCCAGGCCCCUUCUCCAUCCCAGCCCCAUCCUGGCUGCCGAGCCGAGUUCAAGCCUUAGCUCUCUGGUUCUGUUUUGCACACAGCUUGCCACCUGUAGAUGCAGACCCCAGCCUCACCGUCUCCCUCUGUGUGACAACUCCCAGAGUCUGGUAUUUUAUCCUCAUUUUACAAAAGGGGAGACAACUCUCCCAAAGUCUCCCUCCCGGGUCCCGCAACUAAGAAAUGCUGUAGUUGAAAUUCAAACCCACAUCCUCUGUUUCCAGGCCUGAGUGGCUCCGUGUUGCCUGAACAGAGCCUGAGUAUCCUGUGCUGUGUGGGCCCUUUCCUCCUCUCUCCCACCAGGCAGGAGAAAGGCAGGCAGCUACAGGCCCUGUGCUUCUCCUCUGCCUCAGUUUCCCUCAUUCUCUCCUUUGCAGACUGAUGUGGCUUCUCCUUUUCCUGUUUUUGCUCCUAUGUUUUCUUAUUCCCUCUCCCUCUGUUGAGCACAGCCUGGAUUUUGAGAUCAUGGAGUCUAACCUCCUCAUAGCUGCACAAGUCAAUGACACAGCCUGCAAAAAAGAAAAUGUGGCUCAGUGGUAGAAGGCUUGCCUAGCGUGCACAAGGCUUUGAGUUCAACCUCGAGCACUGCCAAAAUUCAGGGUUGGACCUGUGUGGUGUCCUUCUCUCUCAUCUGUCACAUCACAAGAUAAUGCCAGUUCCAAACUUACUUUCUGUUCCUCAUCAUGCAAAGAUUCCCACCCCUUGCCAGGAAAAUAGGUAGAAAGGCUCAACUUAGAUAAAUACCUGUUGCUCAUACCAUGGAGUCAUGAGCUGUCUGGGAAGGAGGAGAGCGCUGGGACCAGCCAGAGUCAUCUUUCCUGUGCUUGGUCCGUGGUCUGACCCAUGAUGGACACGUAUAAAUGUAUGAGAAGAUCAGAAUGCUGUUCUCUGCACUCUUUUACAGAUGAGGAAACCAAGGCCAAUGGGCAGAUCCAGGGCUGGACCCUUGCUUGAAGCCCUGGUGGUAUGAGGGGCAGCCAGGUGCACAAAGUCCUGGCUGGGACCAUGACCACAGGUGCUACUGCACAUGACACUCUUCUCAGGCCUAGAGGCCACGGCAUUGGCCCCUGGGCCUGAUCUUUGAAAACACUACACCAUGCUGCUGUCACCUCCCAGAAGCCAGGCCACGGCCCAGGCCCUGGGACCAGCUCUUUGUAUAACCACAUGAAUGUAUUAAAAUAUGAC